AUGUCGGCUGACAAGAGCACCCAGAGGGUCACUUUGACCAGCAACGAGAACACCAAUAUCGAAGUCGACCGCGUUGUCGCCGAGCGCUCAAUGCUCAUCAAGAACCUGAUCGAAGAUCUGGGCGACGAUGUCACCAGCGCGCCCAUUCCGAUCCCCAACGUGAACGACCCUGUGCUGCGCAAGGUUGUCGAGUGGUGUGAGCAUCAUCGCAAUGACGCUGUUCAGUCUGCCGACGACGACAAUGACAGCCGCAAGAAGACCACGGACAUCGACGAGUGGGACCAGAAGUUCAUGCAGGUAGACCAGGAGAUGCUUUUUGAGAUUAUCCUGGCUGCAAACUAUCUUGAUAUCAAGGCUCUUCUCGAUGUUGGCUGCAAGACAGUUGCCAACAUGAUCAAGGGCAAGUCACCCGAGGAGAUCCGCAAGACCUUUAACAUCACAAAUGACUUUACGCCUGAGGAGGAGGAGCAGAUCAGGCGGGAGAACGAGUGGGCUGAGGACCGUUAA